UUCUCUCAUCAAACUGCGAAGUGAAACACGGACGGACGGACGACGGACAAACCUUGUGUCAGUUUUUGCAGCCAGUCAGUCAGUUUUUAGCUCGCCAUCAUCAUUACAUUAUUCGAUAGUACAGUAGCGCAGCAAAAGUACAAGCGAAAAAAAUAAAAUCCACACGGUCGGGAAAAAGACACACAGGAGAGCGAUCCCCCCGCAAUCCAUCGACGACGGUUCGAAAGCUAGCUGCAGCCAGUGAAAGAGGUGAAAAAAGUGAAUUUUCUUUCUCGAGUUUUUGUGGUUGCAAUCGAACGAAGACGACGACGGAACGUGUUCCGGUCGAAGCAGCAGCAACAGCGGGACAAGCAGCGGAUGAAAAAUCGACAGAAAGGAAGGAAAGCCUGAAUCGGAUAGUGUUUAAUCAUCGAUUGUGGAGUCGGGAGAAGAAUUAAGUUUUCCUUUUUUAGUGCUUAUCUGUGAUCCUUUAAAGUGCUGUGUUAUCACCAUCAACGUGUUAUAUUGAAUGAAAUUAAAAUUUAAACUAGUUAUAUCAUCGCAAAGAAAGUGCGUGUGAGAUAGUGUAAAGUAAGCAGAGAGCAGUCGUAUAAAAAUAAAGUUUGUGUGUGUUCAAAAUAGUAGCUUAAAAGUGCGACGAGCGUAUUGUAGAUAUAAAUAUUGGAAACGGUAUCCUCUCUCUCUCUAUCUCUCUGUGUCCAUCCAACUCUUCCCUCGGGUUUUAUUUUGGGGUGUCGUCGGAAAGAAGUGCAAGAACAUCUGGACACCGACACCGAGCUAGGCCGUUCGAGACACCAUCAGCGGCCAAAAGUCGUAGACAUCACUUCUACUAGCAUCAGCCAGCAGUCGACUGCUAGCGUCAUCAUCACUACCGCCGCCGGUUAGCCGGGAGGACACAUAACAGUCGUCAUGUUUUGGGACUCGGCAAACUCCGGCUCGAAUAUAGACAGCUUGCUCAGUAAAGAGGGACUCACACUUCAAGAUGUGUUGGACUACGAAGACGUGUUGCAGGAAUGCAAAUCCCAGAACACAAAAUUACUUCAAUACUUAAACCGCACAGAGGUGUUCGAUGAACUGAUAGACCUCAUCAUCCUUGAACCUCCAGCCGAUCUCGACGACAACGUUCGUUUCAUGCAUUCCAACAUGGCGUGCGAGAUACUUACCAGCGACGUGCCGUCCUUCAAAACGCACCUGGUCGAGAACCAGAACUUUCUGAACAAGCUGUACAGCUUCCUGCACCGGGAGCCGCCGCUCAACCCACUGCUGACGUCGUUCUUCUGCAAAACGUUCGGGAUGCUCAUAUCAAAACGUAACGAACAAGAUUAUUUCUCUUAUAAGUCAGUGUGCCUACAAGUAUUAGAGUUUAUCAAGUCUAAAAAAGGUUUCCUCACCACAAUGCUGAAGCACUUUGGCAACCAGGUCAUCACCGAUCUGCUGCUGUGCUACAUCACUGAUAUCGAAGACGCCGAGCUCAAAUCGGAAUUACUAGAGUGGCUUAACGAGCAAAAUUUGGUUGCCGAAAUCAUUAACCUGCUAAAGUUACCAGGCGAAACGCAGAAACACUACAACGUCGCACAAUUUUUAAUUGAACUUAUCAAAAAAGGAAGAUGCAAACGACAGAACGAAAGACAAGACAAAGUUACAUCUGAUCCUAUCCUGGACACACUGGAAAACGAAGCCACCACCCAAAUGCUGCUGGACAUCAUCCUGAAAGAGAACAGCGAAGAAAGCGCCAUUGUCGGUGGUAUUCGGAUCAUUCUGCGACUGCUGGAGAAUACGAUCAUACAAGAGCCGGUCUCCGAUACUGCUCUCCAGAUGGUUAUCGACGCUGAGAAAGAACACCAUGACACGGUCGUGCUACGCUUAGUCAAGAUCAUACACCCGAGACUACUUGAGUUUAUUCACAUUUUAAAGAAUCCGCCUCAGAAACCCGACAUUAUUACAACAGUCGGCGUACUUUCACCACCUCUAGGAAACGUGAGACUUCAGAUUUGUAAUUUAUUUACAGUAUUAAUAGAAACCGAAAACAGUGAUGUAAUCAGGACAAUAUGCGGAACAGAUUUUUAUAGUACAUUGCUCAAUCUUUUUAAGCAAUAUUGUUGGAACAAUUUUUUGCAUAAUCAGGCCAAGGUGUGCGUCAACUAUGCCAUUCAAUCGUUCGACCAAAGAGAGGGUGAAACCAAGUUGCUUACCUCGGAUUUACAGCGACAUAUUAUCUGCGACUGCAAACUUGCCUCUCGGCUGGUGGACCUUUGGUACUACAACGAGGAGAUGCAGACGCCUAAAGCGCCAGACAACGACGACGAGGAAACGGAGACGGAAGAACCGCCGCAAAAAUCGCCGCCCCGCAAGUGCCGCCGGCUCGGUUACAUGGGCCAUCUGAUUGAAAUGUUCGAAGCCCUGGUCACGAACAUGAACGUGUCGGAGGAGUUUUGUGCCUUAGUCGAAUCGACCCUCGAAGGAGACUUCAUGAAGGACCGCUGGCGGCGAGUGAUUGAAACCGAGGAAGGCGAGCUGGCGAAAAUAUUGGCAGUGCAAAAGCGAUUUUUGGCUGAUCAUGACCCAUAUCAGAAGAAAGACUUUUCGUCCGAUGUUACAAUAUUCCCGAAAGAUGUUGAAAACAACCUUAAGGAUUACAUGCAUAGUACCGUGUUGGACCUGAGUAGCAUGAACAACAGCUCCUCCUUUGAGUUGUUGGGUUUCACCAAUACGGUAGAACACUUGACCAAAUUGUUCGAUGAGGCUGUGGGAACUGCCAAUGCAUUUAUUAUGCCUGGCAUGGACACUGACAUGUUCGGCGAGGAUGAUGACGAAGACGGGCAGGAGGGGAGUGCUGAGGAAGCGCGGAACUUUUAUACGGGUCGUGGGAGGAUUCCGGCGCAAAGUGAUGACGAUACCGAGGGUGGCGAUGGUGGGGGCGGUGGGCACCGUCCGUACGACGAUGAUCUCAAAAAUGCAAUUGAUUUGUUUAUUAACAAGAGUGCCUGGCCGACGAAUUCAUCCGCAGUGGAAAAUGCUGAUCCAUGGGGCUCCGGGGACGAACCCAGCGGGAUGGAACAGCACGCCGACGGAUUGUCCGAUGCGUGGGCGAACUUUGGCUCGGACAGUUUUGCCGAUUUUGAUUCGCACUUUACGGAUUUCCAAAUGGCACCUGCGAGCACGUCCAAUGACGACGAUGAUACGCCAAAACCUUUGUUCGAUAAUAACGAAAAUAUCGCAUUCGAUGGUUUUACCAACAAAAACAACGAUGCAUACGCAGCGACUGAUGUCUUCGAUGUCAGUACGACGCAACCUCCGCAGACUUUGCUUACGUCGACGAAUGAUUCCAUCAGCAGCUCAAAGACUUCAACCAACGAUUGCACAGUGGUUGUAGAUUCGCUAGCCACGAACACAACCGAAGCAAUCAGUACCACCAAUAGUGAAAGUGAUGACACUAAAAAUAGUAACAUAGCAGCAGAAGUAGUAGCAAACAAUGUGCCAUUAUCUGUAACAGAUAAACAAAGUAGUUGUGAUGAGGAGAAAACGUCACUAGAAGAACCCACAACAACUGUAACAACUACCGAAACUGAGAAAGUUGAUGCCAGCAGUAGGUUACAACAGGACCAGGUGCUUCAGUCGAGUCUCGUGUCGACCACCGUAGCCGAAGAGAUGCACACAUCCGCUGGAGAUAACCGGAAUGGUCCUGUUGCAACCGUCGAAAGCGACGAUGGUGCCGAGUUCGAAGAUGCGAGAGAAUCUUUCGCAGAUAUGGUGGUUGACGAUGGAUCCAGCAGUGUUGUAACCGAUUCCGUUCCUCAACCCGACAGUAGUUCAACCCAGGAGACCUGCCUUGAAAAUAGCAACGAAGCCACAGCAGUAGCAGCAGCAGACGCAUCAAUAGAAGAAACGUCCACCACACCUACCAAGACGUCUGACCUCGUAGUAGAACCCGCGGUUGCAGUAGCGGAGACAGCAUCCGCUAGCAACUGUCUCAAAAGCAGCACUGAGAGCGAUUGCAGCACAGCGCCGACCCUUACCUCGUCGUCAAUUGAUUCAUCGAAAGUCCCGAUUCAGCCUCAACCACCUCAACCACCACCACCAACUGUGCCAUUAGAGAAUGGGUCAGUCUAAAGUAAGAGCAAGAGUGUGAAUUUAUCUAAAUGCAUGCGAAUAAAUUGUUGUUUUGGGAGUAAAAUAAUGAACCGCAACUUGUGUGGUGUCUUGUGAAAAUUUGAAGCUUAAAAAGCACGACACGAGGAUUCGGAAUGAAAGCAGUUUUUGUUGAGGGGAUUCGUGACAUGGCGGAAUCAAUCGGGUUAAACUGGUUGUUUAUACCAAUUAGAAAAAAGCGCUUAGUAGCAGCGGAAAAAAGCCAAGGAAACAUAUUUUUAUCACUCAGUAUAUUUUUAUUAUCUACUUCGAAAGAGACAUACGUUUGUUACCCUCGUGCGUACAUUGACUGGUAUCUCUUUAUGGCUAGAUAAAUAUUAGUCUCUCAAGACUCAAUUUAAUCGCUUCUUGAAAAAAUGAUGAUUCAAAGAACGGUGGUGCUGAAGUCUUAUUAUUUUCUGUGAAGGCUAAACAGUUGUAGGGGUGGGUAGCUUCGAAAGGUAACCGUCCAUAAUCAUGAAUGUGUUUAGUUUGCCGUUUGUCCGACUUUUGGAAUAAUUUCUUCUUAUUUUGGAGAAACUAUUUUCCAAUCGCAUCGGAUUCGACUUCGAAGCUACAACCUUAUGCUAUCUCUACUACUACUACAAUUGACUACUAUACUAGCAAAUGGUAUAAGACUAAUGAAAUUAUAGUUUAAGGAUUGCAGCGCUGUGCUAGUGUUCCUGGCAGGGGAACCAACCCUCACCAGAAAGAAUAAAAAUAGCAAUUUGGUUACACACAAUUAUCAAAUCUUUUUUAAUUAUUAUCCCUGUUUUAUACUAUUAUUCUACUUAGAUAAACAAAACGUAACGCUACAAAAACCAACAACUCAAUGUAUUUUUAUGCAUGAUGAAGCCAAAAAGUGCAGGAACAGGAAGGAAAGGACGAGAAAGAGAGUGGAAGAGAAGUGCGAGUUGAUAAAGAAAGCAAUCAGAUUUGUUUAGAGAAUUGUGUGCAAACGUGAGAAUGUGAGAUAACAGUUAGAAAAACACACAAAGCUUCCGCCAAAACGAAAACAAAAACAUCUACAAUGAAAUUACUGAAUUUAGGUAGCACUAUUUUUCCACUAAGCGUUAAGUUCUGGUAUAGAGUAAUAAAAAAGCGCCAGGAUGAAUGUGGAAGCAACGUAGAAUGCAGUCCCUAUGCUAGUGUUUAUUUGUCACUGCACACAUACAAAAUCGUGACCGUUUGUUAGAUUACUCCUUUGUUUCGUAGUAAUGUUUGUGUUUAUGUUUAGUAGUACGUUAAGUAAUUGAGAUGAAUAUUAAUUUUAAUAUACUUAUCAUCAGUUCAAACUGCUACGUCUUCUUAUUUGCAUAAUUAUUUAUAAUGUUAAGUUACCGUAGUAAGUUUAAUGUCUUUGAUACGCUUAAUUCAAAUUUGUGUUUUUUUCAUUAUUGCCUCAAACGAUAUCAUACGAUGUCAAAUAUUGCUUUCGUCUUUUGAUGAUUACGAAAUCAUUGCUCAAUGAUGAAGGCCGUUCUACUUUGUGCAGCGUAUGAAUUAAAUGACGUUCCUUUGAGCUGGUUCUCACCAAAAAACAGAGAUCAAAUGAAUCGAACGAAAGUAUGAACACAUAUCUCUUCACAGUGCAUCUAAGGUUUAUUUGUUGUUUUGCAUUUUUUUUUUAUAUUGGUCCAAUCAUUCACGUGCCCCUUUUGCUGCAAGAAUGUUUUGAAAUAAACGGAAUGGAUGAAAUAGAAAACCGGCUGGCUUUAGAACCAGAAAAUAGAGCAUAUACCACAAUACACACAAAAAUUCACCUUCAUUAUAUAUCAAAGCAACACGCUCAUCUAUUCAUGCAUAAAAUUAGAUAUUUAAACUUUCAACAUUCAAUUACACUCACCUACACAAAUACAACAACAAGUACAUUCACACGUGCAGCGUAUCUCUCGCCCGGAAGAGACAUGAUAAACAGAAAAAAAUGGUGCAAUGUUCUGAUACAUAUAAUUGAAAAAUGAAUCAAAUGUAAGCUAGUGCCACUUUCUAAAGUACCAUGGAAUAUAGAACUAAUAAAGGAAUGUGAACGUCCCGAAA